AUGAGCAGCAAGGAGCUGACGGUGGGCCAGUCCAGCCAGUAUGUGGGGCCUUACCGGCUGGAGAAGACCCUUGGGAAGGGGCAGACAGGACUUGUGAAGUUGGGUGUUCACUGCAUAACUGGGCAGAAGGUGGCCAUAAAGAUUGUAAACCGAGAAAAGCUCUCCGAAUCAGUUCUAAUGAAGGUGGAGAGGGAAAUAGCUAUUCUUAAACUAAUAGAGCACCCUCAUGUUCUGAAGCUGCAUGAUGUCUAUGAAAAUAACAAAUACCUGUACCUGGUGCUGGAGCAUGUGUCUGGCGGGGAGCUGUUUGACUACCUGGUGAAGAAAGGCAGACUUACCCCCAAAGAGGCCAGGAAGUUCUUCAGACAAAUCAUCUCUGCCCUUGACUUCUGCCAUAAUCAUUCUAUAUGUCACAGAGACCUAAAGCCAGAAAAUCUUCUUUUGGAUGAAAAGAAUAACAUAAGGAUAGCAGACUUUGGCAUGGCCUCACUACAAGUUGGGGACAGUCUGCUGGAAACCAGUUGUGGAUCUCCUCAUUAUGCUUGCCCGGAGGUCAUAAGGGGGGAAAAGUAUGAUGGUCGCAGGGCUGAUGUUUGGAGUUGUGGAGUCAUCCUCUUUGCUCUUCUUGUGGGUGCCUUGCCCUUUGACCAUGACAACCUGCGGCAGCUUCUGGAGAAAGUAAAGAGCGGAGUUUUUCACAUGCCACACUUCAUACCUCCAGACUGCCAAGCUUUACUAAAAGGAAUGAUUGAAGUCAACCCUGAUAAAAGACUGACGCUAGAAGCAAUACAGAAACACAAUUGGUACCAGGGUGGUCGUAAUGAGCCUUGUCCAGAGCAGCCUCCACCUCGUCGGGUGUGUGUGAAGAGGAUCUUGUCAUUAACAGAUCUAGACCCUGAUGUUCUGGAAAGCAUGUACUCUUUGGGAUGCUUUAGAGACCGGGAUAAACUCACACAGGACCUUACAAGUGAGGAGGAGAACCAGGAGAAAAUGAUCUACUACCUCCUCUUGGACAGGAAGGAGCGAUACCCCAGCUGUGAGGAUGAGGACCUGCCGCCUAGAAAUGACGUUGAUCCUCCCAGAAAACGCGUGGACUCCCCCAUGCUGACUCGUCACGCCCGUUGUCGCCCGGAGAGAAAGAGCUUGGAGGUUCUCAGUGUCACAGAACAAGGGUCUCCCACCCCACCUCGCAGGGCCCUGGAGACUAAUGCACACAGCCAAAGGUCUCGUUCAGUCAGUGGAGCAUCCACUGGUCUGUCCUCCAGUCCUCUCAGCAGUCCCAGGAGUCCAGUCUUCACUUUCAACCAAUCAGAGGUCACCUCCACCUCCGCUUCCACCUCCAAAGAGCAAAAAUCAGGAAGUGCCACCGCCCCUCGGCCCACCCGUCCAACGCCUGACCCAAAAACCCAGACUUUACCCUCAAAGGGUCCCGCUGACCGGCCCCAGCUUCACUCCAUGAAGUCCCUCCCUCUCCAGACACCCCGCUCUCCUUCCCCUUCCCCCUCCCCCAUUCUCUCCCCCGUUCCACGUUUCUUCAACUUCCCCUCUCCAUCCAUCUUCAGGUCCAAGAAUGCCCACUCGUCCUCUAACUCAUCUGCCACCCCUCCCCCUGUGUCACAGGUCACGCCACACGGCUCACCGCUGCCCACCCCACUGGGCACACCCGUGCACCAAAUCCAACACCCUUCCUCCACCACCCCUCCCUCCUCCUCUUCCUCGUCUUCUUCUUCCAGAGCGGAUGGAGCCGGAAGCGCCUCACUGUCCCUUACCCCGCCCUCUAGCCCAGGUGGCAGCGGUGGUUUGGCAGCCUCCAGCUCCGCGCACUGGAGAACAAGGCUAAACUCGUUUAAAAACAACCUGCUGGGGUCCCCACGAUUCCACCGGCGCAAACUGCAAGUUCCUACGUCGGAGGACAUGUCUAGUUUGACUCCAGAGUCCAGUCCUGAAUUGGCUAAGAGGUCCUGGUUUGGUAACUUCAUCAGCCUGGAGAAGGAGGAGCAGAUAUUUGUGUUAAUCAGAGACAAGCCACUCAGCUCAAUCAAGGCAGACAUCGUCCAUGCCUUUCUGUCCAUUCCGUCUCUCAGCCACAGUGUGGUGGCUCAGAACAGUUUUCGGGCUGAGUACAAGUCCACCGGAGGCCCCUCUGUCUUCCAGAAGCCCAUCAAGUUCCAAGUGGACAUAGUUUUCUCAGAGGGAGAGAGGGAGCGAGAGAAAGAACGAGCAGAGAAAGAAGGACGAAGGGAGAUGGGAAUCUACAGCGUCACCUUCACUUUACUGACAGGUCCCAGUCGCAGAUUCAAAAGAGUUGUGGAAACCAUUCAAGCUCAGCUCCUCAGUACCCAUGAUCAGCCUUCUGUGCAGGCACUGGCUGAUGAGAAGAAUGGCCAGCUUUCCCGCCAACCCAGCACUCCUUCGCAUCAGAACUCACAGCGUUCCGAAAGUGGAUCAGAACGGGAUGAAAAGGAGCCCACGGCAGACGGGGUGAGCAGUAGUGGCAGCGGGACUGUCUUACAACGUCGAGAGUCGGGAAAAGACAAGACUAGACUCCUUUCAUCAUCCAACGGGACACAGUGUCACCCUUGA